AUGCCUCCCAAGAGGAAGGCGUCAGGCACGGUUGCCGGUGCGGCCAAGGCGGGGAGGACAUCACAGGUUUCCACACCAGGUGUAGGGACUCCGAAAAGCAUUGAUAGCAGCGAUGAAUACUCGGACACGGCCGACGAGGUGGAGGAUCCUGUUGAUGCGGAGACUGAAGAGAAGAUCGAAAAGGUCGUGGACAAGUUCUCCACAAAUGUCCUAGAGCGCCGGAUGCAGCAGGAGCAGACACGGGCGAAGAAGUCCAACCACGAACUGCUCACGCACAUCUUUGGCAGCCGUGACUAUUCGUAUCUCAAGAUGAAGCCCGACCAUAAGAACCGUCCGCUUUGGAUCGAUCCCUCCAAGGGCCGUAUCAUCAUGGAGAGCUUCAACCCGCUCGCUGCGCAGGCGCAGGACUUUUGA